CUCGUAUUUUCGCAAACUUCAUGCGACAGGAUCAGUAAUUCAUCCACCAAAAUAAGUUCCUAAUUAGGAACGGACACAUCAUGAAAUUAGAAAGGUUCCAUCUUCGUAACCUGUCGCUUUCCAUUCGACAUGCACAUGGUUGUGUUGUGAAGCCCACUCUGUCUCACACAGUUUCAAGGUACCCUACUCAGUCCGAAUUACGACUUAUGCCCGUUGGAGGUUCUGUUACGCACGGCGUUGGGUCCUCAACUCAGAAUGGGUACCGAGAGCCUCUUCUUAAACUCCUCCAAAGCCAAGGCACAAAUAUCCGUAUGGUUGGAUCGCGACGCACAGGCAACUUUGAGAAUAAUCACCAUGAAGGAUGGCGAGGUUUCCGGAUUGAUCAAAUUGAGACAAAAGCAAGACGCGCAACGGAGAGAUUUUUGCCGCAUGUGGUCACCUUAUACGCCGGCUCCAACGACUGUCUACAAGACUUCAAGCUCAUAGAAGCAGCAAACAGAAUAAGUCAUUUGACCGACACUAUUUGGCAACUUUCUCCGGGGUGCACAAUAAUAUUGUCAAGCUUACUCAUAAACCGAGAGCCGACUGUCGACCAAAGAAUUCAGGCUCUAAAUACCGAGAUACAGGCGCUUACAUGCCGAAAAGCAUCCGAGGGAAGACGAAUAGUGUUUGUAAAUAUGCAUGGGGACCAAGGGCCUAUCCUGGAAGAUCUUGUGGAAGACGGCACGCAUCCCAAUGACGAGGGAUACCAAAAGAUGGCCAAGAUCUGGUUUCAUGGGAUACGAGGGGCUAUAUCAAAAGGGCUCAUACAAAGUACCAGCCAAUCAAACGAAGCAAAGAAGUGAGCACUGCGGUUGAGUAGCAUGCCCUUUAUUAUAUAUAUGAGUAGUCCGUAUCUGGAAUAUGAACCCUUUGUCUUACUAAUUGCUACCGUAGAUGACAAAGAAAAUACACCACUAGUAUACAUAUAUGCGCUGGCAUAAUGUUUAGCACAGAUAAACCUAUACUGCAACAGCAGCACAAGCCCCCAUUAUCGGUAAAAUGUGCCCCCAGUCGAGGGCUCGUCUCUUUUGGCUGCUGUUAGCCCGUGGCGUUGACUCUGGUCGUGACGAUGGUACGCAUUCACCAGUUACGCCCGUCUUCUGCUGAUCACAACUGUCCUCGUUAGUUGCAAAUACUACCUUGAGUUCUAUCGUCGCAUAUUUGAAACCGGGAUCUGUGCGCCAAGAAGGCUCAUUCGGAAGUCUGUCAAUCGCAUAUGGCAACAUAACAGUAGAAUUUUGGGCCAUGUCGACAUAGGAGUCUAGAAUAAGGGUCUGCCGCCACACUUCAAUCGUCGCAUCGUAUGCUGGCUUGUCCUUAGUCGGUUGAAAUUGAAAAUAGUCCUUCUCUACUAAAACCUUGGGUGAUGACUGAUGAAGCACGCCGUGAUCAUCGAGUGUGGCGUUGCCACGAAGCGCUUUGUAGAAUAUGACACUGUCUGCCCCAAUCUGCAUGAAUGUAAUGUACCGAGCUGUCCCUUCAACGUGAGGUAUAUUAGACAAAGUAAAUUCAGGAUCUCCGGUCAUAUUUCGUAGAUUCAGGACUUGUUUCGGUGCUGGAGGAGAUGUCGUUGACAAUUGCUGAUUGUCAAAUUUGACAGUGAAAUCGAAGUCGUGACCAGGCGGAAGAGUGUCUUCGCGCGAUGCCGCUACGAGCGUCGCUAAUGAUAGGAGGGCUUUCCAAAUAUGCAUAUUGCCGUUAUUGCGUAUGUAGCAAAUGGGAAUAAGGCGCAGCUGAUGAAGGGGGUUCAGGCACGAAUGGUGGAAGACGCGGC